AGGAAGGGAUAGAGACAUGCUCCUGGGAUGUGAGGACUGAAGAAGAGGAGCGACAAGAGGAGAGGAAAAAGGGAUAGAAGAAGAUAGAGAGAGAAAACACAGAGGAGCUUCACAGGAUGGGGAGAUGAGUCCUCGAGCAUUAACCCGAGGGUCAUGUGUGUGAGUCCAGAGACAGAGGAUGGAGUGGGUGUCAUCGACAGGCCUAAAGAAAAACAGAGAGAAAGUUAAGUUGGAGAAAAACUAAGAAAGUUUGGGUGUUUGCAAGUGUGUGUGAAACAAAGACGAGCAGUGAGAAGGGGGUGGAGGCAGAAAAAUGGGGAGUCCACAUGUGGCAGGACUGAGUUGGAGAGAGAGGUGUUUUUAAAGUGUGAGGAAGGUGGGGAGGGGGUAGUGCGAGCAUGCAGAGUGUAUCCUUCCCUCUGUCCCUGCAGCGGCAUUGAACGACAGCCAGGAAAAGGGGAAGGGCGUCCUCCUCCUCCUCCACCUCCUCCUCUCCAGCUGACAAAAACAGCUGCCCAGGAGCCCGUUCAGAGGACGAGGGGAAGAGGACAGAGAGGGAGAGAGGAGGAGGGAGGACAGAAGAGAGAGAAAAGACGGAGUGGAGAGAGGAGGAAGAAGUCCCAAAGUCCAGGACCCUUUCCACCUAUAUGGGUUGCGUCCUGAGCUCGGACUGGUGCGGGGAGGAAGAGGUGCAACCGCUGCCGGUGGUCAGAGACUCGCCCCUGAAGAGAAGGAGCUUGGAGAGGAGUGAGAGUGGCAGGAUGAGGCUGACAAAGGCGGGGAAGGGAGAGCCCCACAUCUUCAAGGAAAAGACCUUCAAGAAGAAGCGGCAGUGCAGUGUGUGUCGGCAGAACGUGGAUCACGUGGGCUCCUUCUGCAGAGUAUGCAAGACAGCUACCCACAGGAAGUGCGAGGUCAAGGUGACCUCUGCAUGCAUCCCAUUGCCUCCCAAUGAUCUGCAGCGUAGAGGGACUGCACCUUCUCGACACACCCAACACCUGGGAUCCACCAAGUCUCUGACCUAUACCAAACAGAGGAACACUCUGCCAAGGAGCUUCAGCGUGGACCGCGUGAUGGAGAGAGUGAUGGAGCGCCACUACGACUUCGACCUGACCUACAUCACCGAGAGGAUCAUCUCCGUCUUCUUCCCGCCGAAGCUGGAGGAGCAGCGAUACCGGCUGAACCUGAAGGAGGUGGCUGCCAUGCUCAAGUCCAAACAUCAAGACAAAUUCCUGCUCCUGAAUCUCUCCGAGAGGCGCCACGAUAUCACCAGAAUAAACCCAAAGGUUCAUGACUUUGGCUGGCCUGACCUCCACGCCCCACCGCUGGAUAAGAUCUGUGCCAUAUGCAAGGCCAUGGAGACGUGGCUGACCUCUGACCCCCAGCACGUGGUGGUCCUGCACUGCAAGGGCAACAAAGGGAAAACAGGCGUGAUCAUUGCAGCCUACAUGCACUACAGCAAGAUCUCCGCAGGGGCGGACCAGGCUCUCAGUACUCUCGCCAUGAGGAAGUUCUGUGAAGAUAAGGUGUCCUCUUCCCUCCAGCCGUCCCAAAACAGGUAUAUCUAUUACUUUGGGGGCCUUCUGUCCGGGGCGAUCAAGAUGAACAGCAGCCCUCUCUUCCUCCACCAAGUUCUCAUCCCAUCACUCCCAAACUUCCAGGGUGAAGGAGGUUACUUCCCCUUCUUGAAGAUCUACCAGGCCAUGCAGUUGGUCUACACUUCAGGGAUAUACGACCUUCAAGGCACCGGAGGCAGGCGGCUGUGCGUGACCAUCGAACCAGCACUUCUGCUAAAGGGUGAUAUCAUGGUCAAAUGCUACCACAGGCGAGUCCAGAGCGCAGACAGAGACACGGUGUUCAGGCUGCAGUUCCACACCUGCACCAUCCACGGAUCCCAACUGUGGUUUGGCAAAGGGGAGCUGGACGUAGCUUGUAUCGAUGAGCGUUUCCCAUCAGAUGCCACAGUAGAGUUUGUCUUCUCCUCUGGACCAGAGAGGAUUAAAGGCCGUGAGUACCAGAAGAACGACCCGGCUGUCACAGUCGACUACAACACUGCUGACCCAGUAGUUCGCUGGGAUUCCUAUGAGAACUUUAACCAGCGAUACCAGGACAGUCUGGAGGAUAUAGCCCACACCAGGGGUCCUCUAGAUGGCAGUCUUUACGCUCAGAUAAAGAAGCGUCGGGGGCCAGGCUCUGGCUCUCUCACCUCCACUAAUGGCAGCAGCCCAGGAGCAGGUCUUCCUGACGAUAGACCUGAUCAUCUCAUCAGUCAAGGUUCUGACUCCGCCCUCUCAGGCCAUUCCCUCCAUUUGAACCAAUCAUCUGUCCAUCCUGACUGCCAAGAGGAGCCUGUUCGUCCACCACCUCCAACCAGACAGGAGCGAGAGGAGCUCGAACGUCUUCUUGGUGGCAUAGAGGGAAACCGAGAUGGGGAGCGAGAGACUGCCAUCCUGGAUGAUGGAGAUUCCCUGCCCUCUGAGAGAACCGGAACACUGGGGCUCAGUCGGUCGUGUUCCUGCCGAGAUGGGUACCGGUCCCAGCGCUGUGCCGAGCCUGGCUGCGACCGUACUCUCCUCAUGCCUAACGGUUACUGCCUCGACCGUGCCCCUGGCACCAACGGGCACCACGGGGCGACUCCUUCUGCCAGCCCCAACCCAGCUGCUCCUCCUUCACACAUGGAUCUGUGCCAGCACUACAGUCCCCACUCCCACCAGUCCCUCCCCCCUCCAGAUUUGGUGUGGGACCGCCAGAGCGGCCCAUCUCACUACCUGCACCGGUCCUGCUCAGAGACCCCCUCAUCCAGACAUAUGUGCCCAUACCCAUCACCAGACCUUACCCCCCACGCUCACAACCCCCCACAUCACCACCCUCUGUCUGCCCCGGGUCACCUUUGCUGUCGAGAAGACGACUACGGCCCUUACCAUCACCCUCCCCCACCUCACAGCCACCACCAUGCCCAUGCACACCACCCAAAAUCCUCCACCAGCCCCAACUACCAUGAUAUCAUGCUGCUGGAUGGUCUGCCGCCCCCUGGCUGCCCAUGCAGAGACUGCGCUAUCAGGCGAGAAGACUUUCACAGCAUGAGGCUGGACAGAGGUGACAGCUUCCACUGGGACAGAGAGGCAGAGCUUCAGCAUAGGGAGGUGGGGCUUAGGAGAGCCAGGGAGACAGAGUUACCCAGAGGGUCAGAGCUCCACUGGGAGAGGGAUCCUGGACCCAGACGAGGCAGAGAGCUGUCCCUCCACUGGGAGCGAGACAGGGAGGCUGAGCUGCAGUGGGAGAGGGACAGAGAGGCUGAAUAUUGGCACAGGAGAGCCACUGUAGCCUCCUAUGGCCCACAGGGUCACGAUCUGCCAGCCUUCACAUUUGACCCUUUGCCAUCGGGUCACCCUGCGUAUCCAGAGGCAUCGAGGUCUCACGCUCAUUCUCACCUGGAUCUGAAGUACAGCAGCAGCAGCAGUGGUUACCAGACACCCAGGCAGGUCUGCCCCUGCUCGCCUUACCAGCCUUCGCCGUCUGAAAGCAGGGGCUACGCCUCGGGAUACCAGUCUGAGUCCACAUCCCCGCUGCCUCCUGCUUCCUCCAUGACGGGGCCCUGCAGCCAUAGCAACGGACCAGAGCAUAACCACAACCAUCACCAUCCAGACUCACAGCAGUCAUACAGCUCUGACUCACACACUGAUGGCCUUCGUAGCUCUGGUGAGAGUGUGGGCUGGAGGGACCACAUUACCCAUGGGUCCUUUAAGAGGGGCCAGAGAAAUGGCCACAGAGAAGGUCAUGCUGCGUGCUCCACGCCGUCUGACAUGUCUGGACCGCCCACUCCUGUCCACACCAGCAGCCCUCUGCGCACAGUGGAAAGCCCAAGUCCAGGAGGGAGGGAGUAUGAGAUCCGGACCACAGACAUCAUCAGCAGUGACUACGAGGCUUCUCAGCCCCAGGACAGACGCUACGGAGCUGAUAAAGUUGUUCAGGAAUCCCUUGAAUCCCUGGAAAGCCAAAAAAGUAUCACAGAGCCAUCAUCCACCAAAGACACGCAGUCACACACAAAUACACCCACACAAACAGAACCCCACAACCACUGCAAAGCACAAACAAACCCGUCCCCUAUGACUCCCCACCAGCAGCACUGUAGCCCAGAUGUGCCUUCAGCUUCUUCCUUUGACUCUGGGACACCGUCCACGUCAAACCAGGGACACUGUCAGACUCCUUCAUCCCCUGUUCAUGCUUCACCUGCACCAGAGACACACCCCCAACCCAGCCCACUCACACUGCAGACCCCCCACCCUUCAGAGGCCGCUGCUCUGCCCUCCACUAUGGCACAUGCAGUGUCCCAGCCUCAGACCCAAGACAAUGGCUCUGCCGGAUCGACCCCAGCCGAGGCCAACGGCUCAUCUCCAACCAGAGAAUCUCACCCAGACGCCCCAAAACCGACCAACACUCAUCAGUCAUCAUCCCCCCAGCCUGCAUCCAGCAGCAUGGAAGGUUCCCCUGUCUCCGACACCCCAGUUCCGGGCUUCGCCACGCUGGGCAGGAGGCUAAUGUUGAGUGGGCCUGACCCUCAACACCAGAACCACAUCCAGCAGCAGCACGGACCCCCGCAUCAGCACUACCCAGCCAUGGAGCACGGCACCGCUCUGGACACCAACAAGAGGCACUGCUACUCCGCUCACUCCCCACAGCUUCACCCAUCCUCCUAUUUCAACUACUCCACCAUCUCCAUCCCCCUUCCUCAUCCCCAACCACCUUUGCCAGAGAAGCGCCACCCACCCGCCCAGGCAGGUUCACCCUCCGACGGAGCGGGGACUCUGAGGCCAGCUGUGGGCCACGUGCCUCCCUCUGCUGCCAGCACCACCCAGCACCAGCACCAUGUCACGUUCUCUCCCACUGUGGGAGAAAUAGCACCCCCUGCAGGCGACAAUGAUGGAGUGGCCUCUGUGGAGACUGAGAAUGCAAAUAGGGUCAGUGUGAAGUUUGUCCAGGAUAGUUCGAGGUUCUGGUACAAGCCUGGUAUCUCCAGAGAGCAAGCAAUCGCAGCCCUGAAGGAGAGAGAGCCAGGAACGUUCCUGAUCAGGGACAGUAACUCGUUCCAGGGGGCCUAUGGUUUGGCCCUGAAGGUGGCUACACCUCCUGCCAAUGUCAACCACAGCAGCAAGGUGAGCGACCCGCUGGAGCAGCUGGUCAGACACUUCCUCAUAGAGACAGGUCCUCGAGGAGUCAAGAUUAAAGGAUGUCAGAAUGAGCCCUACUUUGGGAGUCUGUCUGCGCUGGUCUACCAACACUCCAUCACACCCAUUUAUUUGCCAUGUGCUCUGAAGAUCCCAGAGAAAGAUCUGGUAGGAGAGGUGCAGGAGGUUCAGCCAGUGAGUAACGUCAGCACGGCGGCUGACCUGCUGAAACAAGGAGCAGCCUGUAACGUCCUCUACCUGAACUCAGUGGAAACCGAGUCUCUGACCGGCCCCCAGGCCAUCGCCAAGGCAACGGAUGCUACACUGGGUCGUAACCCGCGUCCUGCUGCCACUGUUGUACAGUUUAAGGUGACGUCGCAGGGCAUCACGCUCACUGACAGCCAGCGCAGGGUUUUCUUCAGGAGACAUUACCCAGUGAACAGCGUCACCUUCAGCAGCGUCGACCCCAAAGACAGGAGGUGGACUAACUCAGACAACACCACUGUUAAGGUGUUUGGUUUUGUGGCGAAGAAGCCCGGCAGCGUGGCAGAGAACGUCUGUCACGUAUUUGCAGAGCUGGACCCCGAACAACCCGCCUUGGCCAUUGUCAACUUUAUCAACAAGGUCAUGUUGUCGCAGCGGCGGUAGACAAAGACAGGAAAGGAGACGCGGAGCAUACAAGCAGAGACAUGCAGCAUGAAGUAUUAACAGAAAGUUUUACUGGACAGUGUCAGUGCUUGUGUUCGCUCAGUUUCAGGCCGUGACGCUAAUCUCUGUCCAUCAGGUGAUGACGUGACCAAGAUUUUCUUAUUGAUCUGUGUAAAUAUGUUCAGAAGGCAAUAGGAAAUCUUAGUCCAUGAUCCCAACUGAUGGUUUUUUUCAUGUGUUACUUUGCCACUUUGUCACACACACACACACACACACACACCUCUACAAAAAUAUACUGUAACACAUUUUUGGAAUUUUCUAAUAUAAGCUGUUUUCAGACAAAAACUCCGGACUUUCUCCGGAGUUUGAGUUUUCAACACAAACAACGCAGCAGGAGAUCCUUCACUCAGACGCGUUCAGGUGAGGGGUGGUGCAGCAGGCAGAACGUAACGCAUCAUUUCUGCUGCGGCGUCAUGUUUUAGUUUGCAGCACAUCUUCGUCAAGUCUUCUGCGUGUGUGGCAUCUUUUUCAACCUGAGAUAUAGUUUUUUUCUUUCCUCCCUAGAGGAUGUCGUGCUGUUCUCUCACAUGGGUUCAUUCUCUGGAGUUAUUACUGGGGAGAAAGUCCGCAGCCUCUGACUCGGACAUUUUGCGAUUUCACAUACAGCCACUCCAGAGAAUGUCAGGAGAUUAUCCGGAGUUCAGUGCAUGUCUGGGAGCAGCUAUUGUCAAGUAUUAUUGGAUGCGGAAAAUAAACACAAUGAAACGGUUUUCUAUCAAAGCCAUGGUGUGUAGUGUUACAACUCCUCCAAUGAUGAGGAAACUUCAGUAAGAGUAAAAACCAUCUCCAUCUAACAGGGACCUGUAUCAUGACGACAGAUCAGUUGAUCAACCUGCUACAUUUGGUGUUUUCUGGUUUCAUGACGCUGGAGGAGCUUACGCUGUGAAUAAGUAAGAAACAAAGACGCUCCUCCAGAACUUGUCUGAGGAGCAACACACUUUUUAUUUCAGCAUUAAAUUAAACUCCAACAGACAUGGGUGCAAUUGUAGCUGCAUAUUAACUCUGCUCACCAUUAAAACUAACCUUUGUGGUCAGACUUGUUAUCUGUCAUUAAAAAGUGCAGUGUAGUUCUGUUUUCCACAGAUUAAAAUUGAAUUACGAUUUUACUGUAGGAAACUAAAACAGUCAUUGGGGACUACUGAACAUGGUGGAAAUGCCAGUCACAUUUGAACAGGCCUGUAUAUCAGCUUCUUAUUCAGUUUAUGAAUAUAUUUUCGUCUUUUAGUGGCUGAAUAACAUUGUGUGCCACUAACUUGUCCCAUAUUAACUUGAUUAUGCAUGUGAUUGGCUCGUUUAGAGAACACUGCCUCUUCCACAUUACUAUGCUCAAAGCUGAUUAAGUAAAGUGAGAGUUAACUGAACCAGUCUCACUGAAGCCAAGGACGAUAAGACAAGAUGUUUGUUUAUCGAUCAGAGUUGACAAGGAAAUAUGUAGCGGAAAUAAAAAUAAGAAUAGAAACAGAAACUGGAAUAAAGAAGGUAAGAACUGAAAUACUAACGUGUGAUUGGGCAAUUUGUGCAAAAUCUUUCUGGGAUUUGUAAAAGAAUAACAGAGACUUCAUGAUACAGGCUCCUGGUAAAUGAUGGUUGAAUACAGCUUUGGAUGGAAGUGAUUCAAGCAGCCUCUAUGUGUGUGUGUGUGUUACGACUGAGGUGUGAGGUUCGACACUUAGACCUGAUUACUGCCUUUCAGAAAAACAGCAGGUGUUUAUAUUUUGUAUUGUUUCAAUAAAAGUGACCAAAGGCC